CAUGAUCAUGUGUGUUGUUUUGUGUAGCAUAGUUCACGAUUUUACCCAGCAGUGCACGUGAAGUAAAAAAUUUUGCUCUUUUCCUUGAAAUUGCUGCAUUUUUAAAGUAAUUUUGGAACCAGUAGGACUUCAAGAAGCCAACAUGCCGAUUCAAUUUUGUCCUUGGUGUGGCAACAUGCUUUCACUCACUUCGACGGAAAACAGUGAAGAAACGAAAGCUACAUUGGCGUUUGUCUGCAAUACCUGUCCUUACUCAUUCCUGAUGGAGAACGAGUGCGUGUGCCAUUAUAUUUACACGAAACGGAAGGAGCUGGACGACGUUUUGGGUGGCGCGGACGCUUGGAAAAACGUGGACAAUACGGAAGCCCAGUGUCCUGCUUGCAAUCAUGACAGGGCCUAUUUUAUGCAGUUGCAGACCAGAUCUGCGGAUGAACCUAUGACUGUUUUUUACAAGUGCUGCAAAGAUGGCUGCGGCUACAGGUGGAAGGAGUGAGUUAUUGGACCUCAUUGUGUUGAUAAUAUAAUAUAAUAUAUAUUUAUAUACUUGACUCUGAACUGGAAACUUAAGAUUAAUAGUAUAAUGGACUGAUAUAAAUUAUUGAAAUAAAAAUUUGGCAAAAUGUAA